GGGUAAGGGAUGGGUGGGAACACAGCAUGGUCGAGACUGAGCUUAUCAAAUAAAUUAAUCUGCUCACCUAGUUUUUUUGUGGGAUAGUCGUUUUGACGCACUUCCGACAUUCCGCCAUACCCGUACAGCAGAUCGUCAGUCACCCACCUCCCGUCUCCUCUGCCGUUGAUAGCGAUGCUCCUGCGUGUGUGUCUCAUGAUGACACUCCCUACGAUCUGCCUCCUUACAGCACCCUCCCUGUCGCCCCUUACUUGGUACACCCUCACACCCUCAACUCACAACACCUCUCAUCAAUUAAUACAGUAUCUCAUCACCACCCAACAAUCCCACACCCCAUCACCGAUUCCGGACCCUCCCUCCCCUCUCCAGGUUUUUCUUCUCUACAACACCUUUCCUGUAUCCUAAAAACCAAAAAAUCGACAUUAUUCGCCACCAUCAGUCCCCUAUGCUCCGUCCCGUGCCGCCCUCCCUAGUCGCUCUGUACUGUACCCCUUCGCCGUGUAUCCGCAGCCGUACCGUAGCGUUAACGUAACGCCAAGAUGUGGUGUUCGUACUGUACGUAGAGGAGUGGGUGGAGGACAGGAGAGGAGUGGAUUGGAAGCCGAAGUGUACGUACAUGUCCCUCAGUCCCGCGUUCGCAUCGCAUCGCCCCCCUGGCACCCUCACAGCCCAGUACUGUAUGUAGGUUAUUUCGCAUUCCAAGCAAGCAGCGUAUAUCGUAUAACCACCGCCCAUGAAUGGUUAGCACAAACAUCCAGCUGCCCACAACAGGACAAGCCCGAUCGGAUAUCAGGGCUGUACAGUACACAGACACAGCCAGCCAGGUAGGACGAUGACCAGGACAGGGCAGGGUAUGAUGCAGAUGUGAGAGGAUGCGGUGUUAGCCGUACACCCUGGGCGAGUACUGUUUGGUCUUUGGCUCUGGAUGUUGUGGGAUGGUUCGCGAUGGUUCGCGAUGGUUCGCGAUGGAUGGGUUGCUGCACAUCUGACUUUGUUGGAACUGGAUGGGUGGCCGAUGAUGCAUGCGCGUGGGUUUGUUGGGGUCCUAUAUGAUGGUGUCGGAAUCCACGCCAUCGCACCCAGCAAGGCGAGAGAGAUGCUGCGCGUGGACGGAAGGCUUUCCCUCCCCUCGCCCAUUCGUCCAUAUCACCAUCAUCAUAGCUCGCCACCCCCCAAUGACGCCAACACGGGUCGCUGGGUUGGACUACCACGACGCGCACAGGUGGGGUACCGGUGGUCGCUUCGGGAACGAAGGGAGCGAAAGCCUUCGGUGCAGAUUGCAGCCGACGAGAUGCGGGUGAGACAUCUGGAUGGCCUUCUCCUGCGCCUGCGUGCGGGCCUGCGUACAGACCAGAAAGCAGACUCGGACGAACGACAACGGCGAGCGACAACGGCGAGCGAUGGCGUCGGCGAUGGCGUCGACGAUGGCGCCCUCGGUCUUCCAGCUGCACAAUCUAUAGAGCCCACCCCUUCCCCCUCUGGGUUAGAUGCGCGCGCUAUACCCCCCCUCCCCUCCCGAGACGUGCUUAGCGACAGGCCUAUGCGUGCAUGGACCACUGGGGGAGCUGGGCGGACGCUUUUGGGUGGGAGUGCUCGGGAGGGAGAUGGGCUGCUGGACUGGACGAGUAUCCGCGCAUACCGCGCGCAGUAGGGGUACGCCAGAUCGCUGGGGGGGUUGGGGGUGAGCCUGAUUGAGCCUGAUUGAGGUUGUUUAUUGAUAUUAACGAUUAUGCACGACACGACACAGCACAGCACAGGACGACCCCCACUCCGGCUGGUCUGUGUCCCUGUGUCCCUGUCUGCUGUCUGCUGUCUGUCUGCUGUCUGCUGUCUGCUGUCUGCUGUCUGCUGUCUGCUGUCUGCUGUCUGCUGUCUGCUGUCUGCUGUCUGCUGUCUGCUGUCUGCUGUCUGCUGUCUGCUGUCUGCUGUCU